UCAACAUUCUAUAAGACAGCCAGCUGGGCACGUCUUCAUGUCAACAAUCUCAUGUUUCUUGAUGCUCUUCUAACAGCCUUAAUUUACCGAUGAGAUACAAAAUAUACCAGGUAUCCGAUGCCAUACGAAAUUUAUCCUAAAUUAUUUGUCGACUCUAAGAUCAUCCAGGAUGCGCAACGGAAACAAAUAGCAGCAGGAAUUAAUGACGACAUCAACAACAAUUUUGUCCUGAUACACUCAAAUGACACUGAUGCGUGUUCCUCAGAGAACAAUUCUAACUCUGAAUACAAGUUGUCAUACUAUUUUGAAGAUAUUGGCUUAAACGCCUUCUAUUUCUACUUUCGUAUUUCUAAUCCAUUCUGGAUAUCAGCAAACAGCUACAACAUGUCGAAAAUAGUAGAUUUAAAAAUUCGAGGAGAAUACUUCUUUUUUGUAAACCAAAAAUUGAUGGCUCACUACCACCUUGAACGUUUGUCCAGCCGAAUGAGUGAACUAAAACAAUUAAACUGGAAAACAGAUUUUCCUGGAUUUUACUCAAAUCUGAACUUGCCGAACGGUGUCCCAUUGCCUCAACGCAAUGAAUCCUUCACUCUGCCUAUGUCUAAGAUGUCAAACCUACAGAAAAUAUCCGAGAUUGAAUCACGACUGACUGAAGCAAUUGACUCUGGGUAUUUUGUUGACAAAGUUGGCAACAAGAUUAGUAUCUUCGAUGAUGAUGGUAUAACAAAUCUUGGUACAAUCCUC